GUAACUUAACGAUCACAAAAGAGCGAGAAACAAAAUAAUAAUACUACUAAAAUAGAGAUCUGUGUGGUUCUGAAUCUCACACAAACACUAUGAGAAGAGCUUCCUCUGUUUUACUCUUCAGAACCCUCGCCGCCGCACGUGCCGGCUCCGCCACCUCCAUCGCCGUUCCUAACCGUUUUAUCCAGGCCACUCUUUACGGCACCACAGCCGGUUCAUCUCCAUCUAGCCGGCGUUGGUUCUCUUCCAUCCUCGGUGUUGCCGCUGGGACAUCUCUCGGUGUCGGCGGUGCUCUGAUCGCGGCUUCGUCCGUCUCUCACGAAGCACUCGCUAAGGAACCUCCGCCGUCACAUUUUCUCCCUAACGACGUCGUUCUUUAUCAGUAUGAAGCUUGUCCUUUCUGCAAUAAAGUGAAAGCGUUUUUGGACUACUAUGACAUACCAUACAAGGUUGUGGAGGUUAACCCUCUUAGCAAGAAAGAAAUCAAAUGGUCCGAGUAUAAGAAGGUGCCAAUAGUAAUGGUAGAUGGCGAGCAGCUAAAUGACUCAUCAGCUAUCAUUGACAAGCUCGGAGAAAGGAUUCUGUCUAAGAAAAAGGCAGAUUCAACCUCCGAGGAAGAUGAAGAGACAAAAUGGCGGCGGUGGGUUGAUAAUCAUUUGGUACACGUUCUGUCACCUAAUAUAUAUAGAAAUACCUCUGAAGCUCUCGAGUCUUUUGACUAUAUCACGAGCAAUGGCAAUUUUAGCUUCAUGGAAAAAAUUUCGGUGAAGUAUGCUGGAGCUGCAGCUAUGUAUUUUGUGUCCAAGAAGCUAAAGAAGAAAUAUAACAUUACUGAUGAGCGUGCUGCUCUUUAUGAGGCAGCAGAAACAUGGGUAGAUGCUCUGAAUGGCCGCGAGUUCCUUGGAGGGUCUAAGCCUAACUUUGCUGAUCUGGCUGUCUUUGGGGUUCUAAGGCCCAUACGCUAUUUGAGGUCUGGUAAGGAUAUGGUUGAGCACACACGUAUUGGUGAGUGGUACACAAGAAUGGAGAGCGUUGUGGGAGAGCCUUCAAGAAUUAAAGCCUAAACUAGGUUAUUUUAGCCCAAACUCCAGCCUUAUUUUUUUGCUUUGAUCAUAUUACUACACUCUGAGUUUUGCCUUCGAUUGUUGGAAGGAAUUGCAUUUGGGUUUCUUAGUUAACAAAAUAUUUGGCUAUUUAGAAAGAUACUACCAUGUGUUUGGUGGUAGUAGUUAAAAUUAUAGGAAAAGUUUAACUGAGUAAUUGAUUCUUUACAAAGAAUGUUUUUAUAUAUUUUGCAGCUGCUUCUAUUGUAAAGAUUUAAGAGAUCUUUGAGCUGUAUCCAAGAAUAAGGCAAUAUUUGCCGUACCUAUGAUGUUUAAAACACUGGGUUUGAUCAAAUUUAUACAUAAAAGAUCAUGAUUGAGUUAAA